AUGGCCACGGGAGACCCAAAACCUCCAUUGCUGAUACCCGACGUGUUCUACGAAGUCGCCCGAACGCUCCGUCCAGGAGACAUCCUCUCGCUCAUGCUCACCUGCGGCGCCAACUACCACAUUCUCCGCAAGCUGAUCUACAUUCGCGACGUCGAAAUUGAGGCCGAGACUGCUGAGGAGAACCAUGACCUGGUCAGCGGCUACCAUUGCCACCACGGGGGCCACGGCGAUGCGAUGAAACAGUUUCCCUACGCAGCACCCUAUUUGCUAAAAUCAACAGAGUCAGCGCUCGACUGGGCGAUCCGCAAGGGCGACGUCCAAGUGGCCCGUCUCGCCGUCGAGGCUGGCUCCACAGCCGUCCUUAACACGGGCAUAUCACGCCUCAGGAGCAUCAUCCCUGGCAGCCGGAUGCAGUUCUUGGACAAGGGGCCCAAGCAGCCCACUCCAAGUCCGUUGGCCCUGGCGGCCGCUGCGAACAACCUGGAGAUCUUCAAGAUGAUUCAGCCCGGUGUCCCCGAGCGCGAGGCCACGGUCACCCUCCCGGUGCUCGAUCUUUCCAUCCCUUUCGACAUCAUGGAGGCUGCCAUCGUGGCUGGAUCGGUAGACAUCGUCGACUAUCUGCUCAAAGGCCCGCACAGCGAGGCGUUCAUCCAGGCAUGGCCCGAAGGCAGCAUGUGGCGGUACGUGGGGCUGGCCGUGGAGACCACGUUCACAGCCGCAGACGUCGCCGUAGUCGGCCUGUUUCUUGACCGGUUCCCAGAUCUCCUCAGCGUGGAGCUGGGUUUCAACCCAAUUCUGCAACAAAUCUUCAGGGAAAUUGAUGUGGGUGAUAACAUGAUCCUCGUCCUGGACCUCCUCGAGGAACGGGGACUCGCUCUCGACACCCUUGACAUCAACAACACGAACAUCCUCCACAGGAUGCUCCGUGAUCCAGGCGCCUCGGUCAAGGUCAAGAUCCACCUCGUCCAGAAGGGGGUCGACUUCUGGACCCCGCGCGGGCCAAAGGGCUGGGGGAGUGGCUUCGCCAUGGCCGCGAUGCACUGGUAUUGUGACAUGUCCCUGGCCCAGAGGCUCUCGUCCAUCUCGCUCAUCAGGGCCAUGGUCGAGCACGAGCAGCACGGCAAAAAGAUCCUGCCAGAGCAGAUCACCAGUCUCAUCGAGUCCUGUUUCGAGUACUACAUACUGUGGCCCGAGUCCGAGAUGAUCUCUAAACCGAGAUUUCCGAGCGAUGGGACGCUCGAUCUGGACUUCCUUGAGUGCCUGCUGGGUCACGAGGGCGUCUGCCUCGAGGCGCACCUGAUCAACAAGCUGAGGUGGUGCCUGGCGAAGUCGAAGCGGCUGGAUAAGUAUUUCAAGUCUACCUCAAGCACUAGGGAGGAGGCCAUCCGCCGUAUCCUGCUGAAGCUUGAUGCAUUGUCUAAGUAA